AGUCAUGCAGAGGAAGAACAGAGCGUAAGCAGAAGAUCUCUUUAUCGGGAAGUCAAUAAUUCGUACAUGACAAUUAAAAAGCAGCAACAAGAUGUGUUAGGUUUCUUGGAAGCCAACAAAAUUGAAUUUGAGGAAAAGGAUAUCGCCGCCAAUGAGGAGAAUCGGAAAUGGAUGCGCGAGAACGUCCCUGAAGACAGCCGGCCAGCAAGCGGGAACCCCUUGCCGCCCCGGCUCUUCAACGACAGCCGGUACCUCGGGGACUAUGAAGCUUUCUUUGAAGCUCGAGAGAACAACGCGGUAUAUGCGUUUUUAGGCUUGACUGCGCCACCUGGUUCAAAGGAAGCUGAAGCACUGGCAAAGCAGCAAGCAUGA